AUGUAAAAUUCUUAAUUGGAAAUUAUAGAGUAUAUUAAAUCAUUACUCUGUCCCCAUCACAAUUUACCUAUUAAAUAUAUCAAUUAUUCCACUAAUGUGAAAAUUGGAGAUAGGCUAUUUUGUUCAAAAUGUGCCGAAAAGGGUUUAGAUGGUUAUUUUGAAAUUGAAGCUGCUAUACAUAAUAUUAAUUAACCUAAAAUCUCUUAACCUAUUAAAAAUGCUUGUUUAUAAUUAUCCUAAUAUCUUGAUGGAAUUAAAACUAAAGUUGAUUCAUUAACUAACUAAUAAAUAUAUUUCUUAAAAAAUACAUAAAAUAGACAAGGAAUUACUAAAUUUUAAGAAGAAACUCAAAAUUAUUAUUUAUACAAUCCUAAUGAACAAAAUACAGAAAAAAUAAUUAAAUAAGGAAAAGAUGCAAUUUAAAAUUCUAUUAGAUAUCUUGAGAGAUUCUAAAUGCAAAUGUUAUCUCUAUUAACUCAUUAAUUAAAUCAAUUUAAAAAUUUUAAAGAAAUCCACAAAUAAGAAUAUUAAUAAAAUAUAUUUGUAGAAACAAGUAUUUAAGAUUAUGAAUUUUUUAUUUAUAAUUCUAAAUUUCUAGAAGUCUUUACAACAUAAGAUAAUUAAAUUAAUAGUAUAUAGACUAUCGAAUCACCUAAAACUAAAAUUACUUGUAUUACCAAAGCUUAAUAAAAAUUAAUGUUUUUUUUAGGUAGAUAAGAUGGAAUUAUUGAAGUAUAUGAAUAAUUAACAAAUGGAAAAUAUAUAUCAUCGCAUUAAAUAUAAGCACAUUCUUAUAAUCCAUCAUAAAAUUAUAAUGGAGUUACUUGUAUUAUCACUAAUUAAGAUAAUUCAGAAAUUAUUUCAGGAGGAUAAGAUACUCUAAUUAAAUAGUGGAAAUUUAGAAAAAACAAAUGGAAUCUAAUUUCUCAAUUAUCUGAACAUACAGGUGUUAUAAAUUCUUUAUGUUAUAGUCUAGAUUAUAAUAUACUUGGAUCUACAAGUUAGGAUUAUUCUUUUUCAUUAUUCAAAUCAUCCUAAGAUGUUUUUUAAAAAUCAAUCUAGGAAAUCAAAUAAUCACGUGUUAAUACUAUUUGUUUUGUUACUUCUACUCAAUUUUUUAUUUCUCUAAAUUAAGAUAGAAAUAUCUAUUUCUAUUAAAUCAUUAAUCCAUUAUAAUUACAAUAUUAAAUUGAAUAGUUAUAUAAUAUUAGCCUUAAUGAAAUCAACACUGAUAUACAUAUUUAUGUUUAACCAAGAUUUUAUUAAUAAUAAAAUUUAUUGAUAUUCUAAAGUAAUUCACAAACCUAUCUUAUAAGUGAUAAAGAUUCAAACAAAUUUAAAAUCAUUUUGAUUGAAUAAUAAAAUUCACUUAAAGGAAAUAUUUUUCGACUAAUGCGAUUUGGAUAAUUAGCUGUUUAGGUAUAUUAAAAAAAUCUAAAAUAUUUUUUAAGCCUUACUUAAUUUGCAUGA